UCUGAUAUUUACAGUUCAACUUCACCAGUUGACGGUGUAGUGCAGUCGAUGCCGCGUGAAGGUUUGAUUUUGUAUAAUAGUACAACAAAUGCUAAUGCAACUCCGUAUGGACCAAAAUUUUCAUCACAGAGUGAGGUAAUCGUUGAGUGUGGGCGAGGCUUAUUCGAAAUGGGUCGUGUGCUCUCCGGAAAAUCAGCCGCUUCGGUGGUGUCAGAGGGGAGUGUGGGAUCUUUCUCGAACGAAUCCGCCACCACACAGUUGGAUUAUUUACGACUGAAAAGUGAGCAUCGAAAGCUGCAAAAUCAUUUGGAGAUAUGUUUUCGACGUUCUCAGUAA